AGAGAAAAAGAGAGAGAGGAGAGAAAGAAAGAAAGCGAGAAAGAGAGACAGAGAGCAGAGACAGGGGAGAGAGAGGGGGAUCGUGUGCUCGUUAUAAUGUGCGGUCCAGCUCUCGUGCGCCCCCGUGUACCUGCUCUGGAGCGCUCUGCCUUCUCCACGCGCCACAGUCUCACCUGAACUUGUUUAGAAAUGGCUCACCCUUCUGUUAGUGCUGUUAGCGACUCGGUGUCCGUGACUCCUCUCAAUGUGACGUUCACCGAGGAUCCGCUGCGCGUGUUCUCCAACAGCAGCGACCCCAACAAGGCAGCGGCCAGGGACACCACGCGGCUCAUCAUCGUCGUGUGCAUCACGGCUCUCUACUCCAUCAUCUGUGUGGUGGGGCUGCUCGGAAACGUGCUCGUAAUGUACGGGGUGGUCAGGUACACCAAGAUGAAGACCGCCACCAACAUCUACAUCUUCAACCUGGCUCUCGCCGACGCGCUCGCCACGAGCACCCUCCCUUUCCAAAGUGCCAAGUAUCUGAUGAGCACAUGGCCCUUCGGGGAGCUGCUGUGUAAAGUGGUCAUCGCCAUCGACUACUACAACAUGUUCACCAGCAUCUUCACGCUCACCAUGAUGAGCGUGGACCGCUACAUCGCCGUCUGUCAUCCCGUGAGAGCCCUGGACUUCCGCACACCUGCCAAAGCCAAGUUUAUCAACGUCUGCAUCUGGAUCCUCUCCUCCGCCGUCGGAGUCCCUGUGAUGAUCAUGGCGGUUACCAAGGUGACAGUUACAGGAAACACUUCUUGCGAACUCACAUUUCCCAGACCCGAAUGGUACUGGGACACGGUGAUGAAGAUCUGCGUGUUCAUUUUUGCCUUUGUGGUUCCCGUCCUGGUCAUCACCAUCUGCUACAGUCUGAUGAUCCUGCGGCUCAGGAGUGUCCGUCUGCUCUCCGGCUCCAAAGAGAAGGACAGGAACAUGCGACGGAUCACCCGCAUGGUCCUCGUGAUCGUGGCGGCCUUCAUCGUCUGCUGGACUCCCAUCCACAUCUUCAUCAUCGUCAAGACCAUGGUGGAUAUCGACCGCAAGAACCUCCUCGUGGUGGCCAGCUGGCAUCUGUGCAUCGCACUGGGCUACACCAACAGCAGUCUCAACCCCGUGCUGUACGCCUUCUUGGAUGAAAACUUCAAAAGGUGCUUUAGGGAUUUCUGCCUGCCCUAUCGCUCUCGCCUGGAGCAGAACAGCUUCUCCAGAGCGCGCAACAGCACCAAGGAGCCUGUGUCUGUUUGUGCUCCUGCACACAGACCGCCGGCCUGACUAGGCGUGGAUCAGUGGGGCGGGAGACAACUUCAGGAUGACCUCCAGACUGAGGUCACACAGUUCUCCACCACAGGAGUCUGAGUCAGCAGAUGUAGGCUUUUGACCAGCUAAUCAUGUUUGUUAUCAGGUGUGUUUUUUGGUCUCAUGUAAUGAAACCUGCGAGACACGAUUAUUCUCUAAGGGUUGUCAUUCACAAUGAGUACAAACACACCUGUGCAUAUGGACACAACUGUACAGUCUUGGAAUGUGAACAAAGCGAUUGCAUAAUGCAACCCAACAAACACACGUACAGAAAGUGUUGCUAUGGUGGUGUGUGUUUCAUUGUUUUGUCUGCACAAUAGUAUAAAUAGGAGGCUGACGCGCUGACUGAGCUUUACGGGUGUUUGUAGGUCUUCACAUUCAUAUUAAGUGAACAAUGGAGGACAGUGUGAACAUAUCCAAAAAUGAUCAUAUUGUCAGGCGGGACACACAGACAAAAAAGAGGAGUCUUUUUAUGGCCAAACUGUGGUCAAUGUAAAAUUGUCAGAGUCAAUAAUGUGACUCCAAUUUAAUAGAUCAUGUGUUUCACUUGAAGACAGCAGCGGAUCAACGGGGAAGACGAUGCCAUCUGCUUCAGUGCAUAUAGGUCUCAGACGUCAUCGUCAGCUAAAUAUUACAGAUGAUGAAUUUAUGUUUGCUUGUAGAAUUACUGUCCAGUCCCUAAAAUUGGGGUACCAUAUAAUUGAACUAAGAUAAUUAUGUUUUUGACCACUUGUGGGCAAAGGAAAUAGACGUAAACAUUAACAUAGACAUUACCUUUUAGGUUUUAUGACAAACUUUAAUGAUUUACACAUUUGCAAAAUUAUACAUUUUAAGUCUGUUUCUGGCUACUGUAAAAUAUGAGUUAAAUUCACGCUUCUUUCAUCUGCUUUGGCAGACGCCGAAUCCUGAGGGAAAUGUUUCUGCUGUUUGGUGUUGUGUAGUCAGGUUUUAUUUAGACUGACAACCGAGUCGACCCAGAGCAGUACAGCAAAACAAUCAGCUGCAAGACACGAGGGGAAAUAAUUACAGGUGAAAGCCACACGCACAAUCAAGAACAAUUUUAAAGGAGGUGAUUGAAUGUUUAUUGCCACAGUGUCAUUUCUUCCACUUUCGUCCAUCCGAUACUUCAUGAAAGACCUUCGUUUGAAGACGCCUUUGAUAACGUGACAGUAUGGGCUCUGUGAUUAAGCAGAGAUGACGGAGGCUUCCAGCUUCAUCCACCAUGAACAUCAGUGUUCAGCUGACUCAUUGAACUCUUGUUUUUUUUUUGUUUUUUUUGGCACCGCAUUCCAAAGAGUAAGCGUAGCUGACAGUACACUGAGGCACUGAAGGGGAAUGUCGCACCGCUGUUUCAACCCAGAGUUGUGACUGAAUGACCUCCAACUGGCAUUGAGGCCAAUCUGAAUCAUAUCAAAACACAUUAGCAAGCGACGAGAAGCUUCCUAUACAUAUUACGUUUCCACUGAUGAUCUUUGGAUGCACGCAGGAUGAGAUCAGAGCAGUGAGAACACUUUGAUUUUUGCACAUUUUGAGAGAACAGUCUCAUCUUGCCACUGCAGCGAUGCAGAUUUGUUUAAAAAAAUGCAUCUUUAUAUCAAGGAUAUUUAAGUGGUCACGUGAUUUAUUUUUGUUUCAAUGUGCUGUCAAGCGCUUGUAUUGUGAAGCUACGCGUAAUUAUUUACUCAAAUCAAAUGUUAUAGAACCAUGUAUUGACACUAAGUGCUAUAAAUGUCAGGUGAAGCAUUCAAAUUCUUCAUUUCUAUUUCUGUCGCCUGUCACCAAUGCUGUAGGAUUAGAAUUUGUAAAUGUUUUCUGCAGUAUGGUCGACAAAAUGUUCAGCUGAUUUAAAAAAAUAUGUACCGUAAAGCCUUAUUCAGCAUUAUGUUCUUUUUGCAAAAUGUGAAUUGUUUUAUGAAAAAUGCUUGAUCUUUAAAUGUUUUCACAUGUUGUGUUUAGCAGAUACAGUAUAUAAAGUACCUUAUUAUAUUAGUGUAA